GUGACAGUGGGCGGGGCCUGUGGGGAGGAGGACAGCUCAGAGGGUGGUUUUUCAUAAACAAGAAGGGGAUGGAUUCUUAAGGCUUAAGGGGCAGGUGUUGCUGAAUCCGACAGAACUGCAUUCUGCAUCUGCUUAUCUGCCCUCAGCCAUCAGCUUUAUAGGAUCAGCAUGGAAACCCCUCUGUUUAUUAUCCUGGGCUGCAUGGCACUGCUCAAUGCUCAGAAGGAGCCAUGUUGGUCAGGGCAAUACACAGCAAAAGGGGAAUGCUGCAUUUCUUGCUCAAUAGGCGAGGGGGUUAUAAAGAGCUGUGGAGUAAACCAAACUGUCUGCGAACCUUGCCUUGACAGUGUCACUUACUCAGACACUUUCAGCCAUACCGAGGCCUGCAAGCCUUGCACAGAGUGUUUUGGGCAUAAACGUAUGGUAGCACCGUGUGUUGAGUCUGACGAUGCUGUCUGCGCCUGUGCCUAUGGAUACUUCAUGGAUGAAAACAGCGCACAGUGCAAACUUUGCAAGAGCUGCCCUGAGGGUUUUGGAAUGAUGAUGCCCUGUUCGAGCAUUGAGGACACCAUCUGUGAAAAGUGUCCAGAAGGGACGUAUUCAGAUGAGGAUAACGAUAGGGAUCCAUGUCUGCCCUGCACUAUCUGUGAGGAUGGAGAGAUAGAGGAGAAGGAGUGUACCCUUACAUCUGACACAGUGUGCUAUGACCCCAACCCCCGUUUUGAUUCAGUGACCCCUUCAGGCUGGGACAUUCCCUACACGGUGACGUCUGUUCCGCCUUUUGAUCCGAGCAGCGGCGCCACCACUUCAGGAGACUCCAAUGUUUUGCCUCCAACUGGGAUGGCAGAGAAUCUUAUACCCGUGUACUGCUCCAUCCUGGCAGCUGUCAUCGCUGGUCUGGUGGCAUUCAUUGUUUUUAAAAGGUGGAACAGCUGCAAGCAGAACAAGCAGGGAGGUAACAGCCAUCCAGUAAAUCAGACCCCAUCGCCGGAGGGGGAGAAGUUGCACAGUGACAGUGGGAUCUCUGUGAAUAGUGACAGCACCGCAGAGCAGCCAACGGGACACCCCCAAGGUAAAAAUGACAUGCAUCUUCACAACAAACUUUCUUCUCAUAAGCAAGACGAGGUAGAGAAGCUUUUAAGUGGGUCUCUAGAACAGACCUGGAAGUCACUGGCCGGGGAACUUGGCUACCAAGAGGAAAUCAUAGACUCAUUCACAAGAGAAGAGUUCCCUGUACGAGCUAUGCUUUCUGAUUGGUCCUCCAAGGACAGCGCCACCACGGAUGCCCUAUAUACAGCCCUCCGUAAAAUUCAACGGGAGGACAUUGCCCAGAGCUUGAACAGUGAUUCCACUGCUACCUCACCUGUGUGAACCAGAUUAGUGGGACAGAAGGAAGAUGUUCAUGUUGACUUCGCAGGAACAUCCUCCUAGAGAUGUGAAGGAAAGUUUGCCCCUUGACCCCCUGAAGACCCAGGCAUCCCUUUUUACCCAGUAUUAACAGACAAUCCUUCUGCACUGAUGCAUUAUUUUCAGUAUUGUGGUGUGUAAUCUUUUUCUCUAUGGACCUCUCAUGUCCAGGAUCUCUAGGUCUUUUCACUGUGAUGGACCAUAAGGCUCUGAGAUAAGGAAUCAUGAACUUUAGAAUUUCAGACUUCCUUUUAAAAUCCAAAGGUGCACCCUUCUACGUUUUCCUUCAAAACGUUUUUAUCUUAUUUUCAUAGGCCUCUUCUUGUGACCCCUAAAAAUCCAAGUGGCGACUGCCUGAUGGCACUUUUUUUUUUUUGUGUCACAAGGUUUUGUGACACAAAAUGUCACUUUAUAAAGGUUCGGCCACUCUUGCUCUUAGAAAGACUUUAUAACAUACAACUCCGUGAUUGUGUCACUCCUUUAGAUUGAGUUUCUCCCAUUCCAAUGUUGUACCACUUCCAAACUCAUGUUCUCUCAAUGUCUCACCCUGACAUAAGUGGCAAAUGUGUGUCAUACUGUACAAUAAUAUGAUGGUGAAGAGACACCAUGAAUAUGGUCCUCUUCUGCUCACAUGAUGUCCCCUACACACACACAAUGAAUGUGCCUCUAAUCCAUCAAAAUUGUUUGUUAGAUGUAUACUGUGCACACACAAAAGAUGUGUCUUAUGUUUUAUAAUGUUCAAAAAGGGACAAAUUUAGAUCUUUAAAUAUGAGGAAGUAUAAUGCAGAGACCAGCUUGCCUCGACCAGUGUUAUUUCUGUUAUUGAGUCUGAAUUUAGGAUGCCUUCUAGCUAGGUUUAGCAUAACUUACCGAGGUCCCAGGAAUCAAGGGAUAAAGAUGUAUACACAGAGCACUGUAAUAAUCAUAUUCAAUUAGAAUGUUCCUUAUGUUUUAAGCUAGCUCAUGGUGCUGUUGCUCUGAAUUCUCUGUAUUCAGUGCAGGCUGAAAGUAUCUUCUAGUAGGACAACAUAACAGUUCCAUAAUAGAGCUUGCAAGUCCUCAUUUGUGUUUUCAUUUGACUUAGUGGACAAUCUGUUCAUUGUAUAACUAAAGCUACUCAUGCAUGAAGCAACUUCGUUUAGCCCUAUUCAGACUUUUUAAAAUUAAAGUACCUUUGGACAACCAGUGGAGGUCUACAUUGACCUCAACCAAACUCAGACCAAACCAAACUGCAGAAUUGAAAACCACCUGUCAAGGAAAUGACCAGGUUAAGGAAAUGUUCUUACCUGGUUAUCUGAUCCCUAGGCCGAACAAUCAAACGAUCCAACGGGUUAGCUUCUGUUCAAGUGGGACAAUAGGAACAGCUAACUCAAAUGAUACAAUCAAUAUUGUCUACUUUAAACUUACAACAAAUCCAAUAGACCUUUAAUACAGAACGUACAUACAGUGUUAUAAUUAACCCUGGAUAGAAAAAACAGGUAAAAUGAGAUAACAUCCAAAAAACAAAAUGAUCCCAAAUAAUUCAGAGAAUUAUCUGAACUGAUUUGACUUAAUUGUAAAUAUAUGUCUUCUAUGUAUGUUUUUUUUUUUAAUGAAUGUUUUUGGUUCCCUUAUAUCAACACAGAGAUGAAUGAAUGUAAAUAGAACCUGCGCAUAUGUAUUCCGGAACGCGAACAAAGAGCAGGCGACAUGCAUUGCCUUUACCAAGCUCUGCCCAGAUGUUCAAAGGCAGUAGAUGGUAUUUCUAGUGUGCGCAAGUACUGAUGUGUAUUGUACCAUUGGAAUAAGGUGCAGGUCAGAUUGGCAAGGUCUUCCAUCCAGUGAGCUUGUGUUCCACAUGGGCUAGUGUUGCAGAUUAGGAAAUGCACUGCCCGCAUUUAGGUCCUGCUACUCCUAAGAAUGCUGGGUAAACCAGCCAGGGUGCUGAGAACUAGGGGCAUUCACUUUACUGAUGAACAGUUUAACACUACUUUAGUAAAUUGAGGUACCCUAAGAAACUGAUAACAGAUACUGUCACAUAUACCUCUUCUAUGUGGACUUCAGGAGUCUCAUGCACAAGCUAGACAUCUUAUAAUGAUACCAUCUCACUGCUAGUAAAUCAUUUUCUGCCUAAUGGCUGGAUUUAAACAUCCACCCAAACUGCAGUGGAUGCAUAAUAAUUCUUUUUCACAAAUAGGCUUUAUUCAUUUUUUCUUAUGUUUUUUUUAGAAAUGAAUGGUUUGGUGGUCUCCUGCCUCAAUCUAACUUUGGUUCCUCCAUCAAACCACCCAACCAUGCUGUUUGUCAGCAAUGCAUGACCCAUGCUGGAAUCAGCCAAUCAGAGAAGGUGAAAUCUGUGAAAGUGUGUUGGUUGCAUACAGGGAAAAUGCUCAGCUAAGGAGUUGAAUAUAUAAACAGCUAAAAAAAAAAAGAUUAUUUGUGAAACAGAACAUCCACUAAAAUGCAAUUAUUAUUCAUAUUAGAGUCAUUGUUUCCCCCUUAACUGCAAUGACCUAAGACCCUUAGCUGACAUAUCUUUGCAAUGCAAUUGCCUUGAAUAUUAGGCAAGAGUCUGCUAGAAAGGAUUCAUUUGAUGGCCGUUAUUUAGUUCCUCCAGCCUGUGAGAAGCUCAGGGAUUUUAGUGAAUGGAAUUCAGACAUAAAGAGAAGUGACCAGACACUAGUGAGCAAUCCUAUGUUAACAAUUAUUCCUAUCACUGUGCACUCCUGUCAAGUGCUCUCCCAAACACCUCUCUUGAAAUAGCACUGUGUUCUUAGGCUCCUCCUACUGCUCCACAUAACCCUCUCUAUAACUCCUCCUAUUUCUCUAUAUAUCCUUCCCUAUAACUCCUCCU